AUGAGGUUCUCACUCUUUCUAUGGCUUUUCUUGUGCACCACACUUUCAAUCUUCUGCAUUAAUAUCAUCCCAGUACACAGCCAGUGUUUAGACCAUCAGAGAAUUUUGUUGCUUCAGUUGAAGGACAGCCUAAAAUUCAAUUCGUCGCUUUCAAACAAGCCGCUGCUCUGGGAUCAUCUUACGGAUUGUUGCGAGUGGGGUGGUGUAAGAUGCGACAAUGUAGGCCAUGUUAUCGGUCUUGACUUGAGGAAUGAAUCAAUCUCUGGAGGAAUCCACAAUUCAAGUAGUAUUUUUGGUCUCCGGUAUCUCCAAAGCCUGAAUUUGGCCGACAACAAUUUCAACUCUACGCAUAUUUCGUCUGGGUUUGAGAAGCUAACUAGUUUGACAUAUCUGAAUUUGUCACAUGCGAACUUUGCUGGGGAAAUUCCAAUAGGAAUUUCGCGCUUGACAAGGUUGAAUCUCACGGAGCUUACAGAACUCCAUCUUGAUUUUGUAAAAAUAUCAUCCACGGGAGAGGAAUGGUGUGAGGCCAUAUCUUCUUCACUUCCUAAUUUGCAAGUGUUGCGCUUGGCUCAUUGUGAUCUAUCAGGUCCUCUUUGUUCUUCCUUGGAGAAUCUCCUGUCCCUUUCGGUGAUUGAUCUGAGUGUGAACAAUAUGACUGGCCCAGUACCAAAUUUCUUUGCAAAUUUCACGAAUUUGACAGAAUUAAGUCUCAGAAAUUGUAAUUUGCAUGGAACUUUUCCAGAAAAAAUCUUCCACAUAUCAACUUUACGUACGCUUGAUUUAUGGAGCAAUGAACUACUCGAGGGUUCUUUGCCAGAAUUUUCUCAGAAUGGAUCUCUUCAAACCUUGUAUCUCAUUUCCACAAAAUUUUCUGGGAGAUUACCAAUUUCUUUAGGUAAUCUUCGGAUGUUGUCCACUCUAGACCUUUACGAAUGCAGUUUCAGUGGACCAAUUCCAAGUUCAAUCGCAAACCUCACCCAACUUGUUCAUCUGGGUUUGUCUUGGAACAUGUUGACCGGUCCAAUCCCUUCAUUUUCGAUGUCCAACAAUCUCACAAGAAUAAACUUAUCCAACAAUAAUUUUACGGGUGUGAUUCCUUUCUCACACUUUGACGGACUCUCGAAUCUUGAAGCAAUUGAUUUGCGUAAUAAUUCACUCAAAGGGGGUAUUCCAUCAUCUCUUUUUGAACUCCCAUCUCUGAAGGUGAUUCAGCUUUCACUUAACAGUUUUGAUGGUCAAGUCGAAGAAUUUUCUAAUGCUUCCGCCUCUCUACUGGAGUCCAUUGAUUUGAGUAGUAACAAUUUACAAGGUCGGGUUCCCAUGUCUUUCUUUGAGCUCGGAGAGCUCACUGAGCUUUCACUCUCUUCGAACAACUUCAGUGGCCUUCUACAACUAGAAACGGUGUACAAGCUGAGUAAUCUUACUACACUUGACCUUUCAUACAAUAGCUUGUCAAUUGGUACAAGUGGUAGUAUUUCGAGCUUGUCUUCCAUCCCCCUGUUUAAAUUUGGCUUCUUGCAAACUGCAAAGACAUUCCCGAGUUCCUGUGCUCUACAGACUCUGGAUCUCAGUGGUAAUCAGUUGGAAGGGCGGGUUCCGAUAUCAUUGUCAAAUUGUACAAGUUUAGAGGUGCUAAACCUCGGAAAGAACAAGAUCAGUGAUAGAUUUCCAUGUUUUUUGGAGAAUACAUCCAGUAUACGUGUUUUAGUUUUGCGCUCUAAUAGGUUUCAAGGAGACAUUGGCUGCCAAGGGGGGAACGAAAAUAGCUGCCUGAAUCUUCAGAUCAUUGAUCUAGCUUUCAACAACUUUAGCGGUGAUCUACCAUCAGGUUCUUUCUCUAAUUGGAAGACAAUGAUGAUUGACAAGGAUAGUGCACAACCAAAGUUUAAUCAACUGGGUUUUCAGUAUGGAAAUAUGUACUAUUCAGAUAAAGUGGCGCUCAUCUACAAGGGGUUAGAGGUGGAGCUGGUGAAAGUUUUAACUAUUUGUACAUCCAUUGAUUUUUCAAGCAAUAGAUUUGAACCAGAUGCUAUUGGAAAUCUCAAAUCGCUUGUUCUUCUCAACUUAUCACAUAACGCCCUCACAGGCUCAAUUCCAGCAUCACUGGGAAAUUUGAAGGAGCUCAAGGCAUUAGACCUUUCACAGAACAUGCUAAGUGGGAUGAUUCCAACACAGCUUGCAAGUCUUACAUUUCUUGCAGUCUUGAAUGUGUCAUACAAUCUCUUGGUUGGAAAAAUUCCAACAGGUUCACAGUUUCAGACAUUUUCAGAAACUUCAUUUCAAGGAAACAAAUUGCUAUGCGGCUUUCCUUUGAACACAAGUUGCAAUAAUACUGAAGUUGCACAAGUUUCGCCACCAACGUUCGAAAAAAGGCAUUCAUUGUUUGAGACUGAAGUCUACCUGAGUGUUGCACUGGGAUUUAUUGUGGGUUUGGCAAUUAUAUCUGGCCACUUGUGUUUUGUAGAAGAUGGAAGCAAUGGUACUACAAACAUGUGGAUCGAGUUUUUCUGGGAAGAAAACUGCAGAGAAGAGCUUUCAGAAAUCCAAUUCCAAGGCUUUAGUGCUGGUGAAGAGACGUAA